AUGUCACGUUAUAACCAAAAUUUCGAUACUACGAUAUUACACGUGAUUUUAAACUCUUUUAUCCAUCUUACUGCGAGAAAUGUUGAAAAAAUGAAUCCUGCGACUUCUACGAAUACUUUAAAAGAUGGACUUCCGAUCGGGAAAUCUUUGAGCUGUCUUGAUCAAAUAGUCAAUCAAUAUCAUUUAAAGAAACGAAAGAUCUCCGAAACAGAGGAGGCAAGGGCUGCGUCACGCAAGAUUACUCGUAACAAGAUGAAUUCAAGAACAGAAGAUCAGUUGGUAGAUAUUUGGUCAAUUGUCGCACCUUUAAAUGCAUCUGACGAAAAAAUUGUCGAUAAUUUGAGAGGCAAGCUUGAACAAAUCAAGAAAGAACGACUUGAAUAUUU